AUGAGCGAUUGGUACUGGAUGACAGCCUGGCUGCCUUCAUUACUAGCUGUUCUUGGAAAUGGUCUCGUUAUUUAUUUGGUUCUCUCACGUCCAAGACUUCGCACCAUACAGAACAGGUUCACUUUGUCGCUUGCCAUAGCUGACUUUUGUGUUGGAGUUUGUUAUUAUCCAGGGCACGCAAUAUGCCAAUUUUUACUCAACUCGUGUAAUAAGGUUAUCAGAGAUGACAUUGCAGUGUUCAUGAUCUAUUCAUCUGUAUCGAACCUGUGCGCUAUGGCUUUCGACCGGUACAUCGCUAUAGUCCGACCUUUGCACUAUAGGUCCCUAAUGACCACUAAACGCGCAAAACUAUUGGCCGCAGUAGCGUGGAUGAUUCCGUUGAUAGUCUACUUGAUUCCUUCUGUUUGUGCCAGCUUUGGCUUAUUUCACAUCAACUUCAAAAUAAGUGUAGUUAUUUGGACCACGAUCUUCGAAUUUUUUCCUUGCACGGCACUUUUUUUGACUACAUUACAAGUAAUCGUGAUCUCGAGGAGACAUUGUCGCAGAGAUUCACAACGAAGUUUGAAAUGGCGUCGAAAUACAUGUUCGGCUUCAGUGAUAGGAACAGUUGUGACAGUUUUUCUUCUUUGCUAUGCCGUGGAAGUUUAUAGUUCGUUUUGUUAUUUUACGUCGAUAUGCCCGCUAGAUGAGCAUAUAUAUAACGUAGUGCGCUUUCUCGUGAUAAUUAACUCGGCAGCGAAUCCUGUCGCUUAUGCGUUUUUGAAGAGAGACAUGAGAAGAGAACUCGAUUUGAUCAUCAGCAAGAGAUCUUUUAUCAAAACAAGGUCAAGACGCAGUAAUGAACGAUCGUCUGGUAUUUGA